AUGGGUCCGUCUGCCCAAAAGCGUCAGCAUCGUAGCUCAAUGCUCAACUUUGUUGUUGCUGGUGCUGGUGCUGGUGCUGGUGCUGGUGCUGCUCCACAACAGGUACUCCAGGUGGCGUGCAAGGGAAACGCUUAUCGUAAUAUUCGCGUCGCGAUGAUGAGCCUGACGACCGAAUCGCACCACUUCCCCAAUCCAGACUAUUUUAGUCUACGAAAUCACUGUCGCAGUCUAUGCGGUAAUGAGGCCGUGUACCAGGACAGUUUUGGGUUUGUGCAUGCUACCUGGUGGUUGGUCCAACUCCAAUACUAUCUGUCUGUGACUUGUGAUAUGCAAGUCGACAAACUAUUUUGGUCCUGCGGCCCGCAGGAUGCAAUGUCCGUGGGGUCGUUUGAUUUCCUGUACGCAAUCGAUACUGUAAUCCGGCCACGCCAACGCCAGUAUCGUGAUCGUGCAGUCAGAGAGGCCAAGGGCGCAAUGAAACUACUGCAGGAGAAAGACAGCCUGUCUCAGUGCUGUGAUUGUGCACCGCCACAGACACUUUGGUUGCCAGUCUUUUACUGCAGCACCCGGCCCCUCAGGGAUCAGGGGUCGGUGCUCCCUGAGCAUGUUUGUGACAUGGGACGCUCCGCCCCAGGCUGUGGCCGUAGUCCAGAUCGCUCCGUGACUGGCAUUGGCCCGGCUUGCUGUGAAGCUGCACUUGCGGAGGAAAGGGCCGACAGCAGUGGCGCUACGUACCGCCAGGAUGCAGAAAUCAAGUCAUUUGCGUCUGUGUUGAACAUGGCAUCUUGA